UUUUCCCAUCCACAAAAUGGCCACCUGGAGCUUCUCCACGCGCUGACGUGAUGACCGUGUACAGGCCAGCCCCGGGCAGCCACAGCCAUACCACAAACCCGAACUCCACACUGGCUGACAGGGUCAAGGUGCAAGGUCUGGAGGCUGGAGAAAGCCCUGGAAGUCAGCCACGUGGGUCCUACGUGCCUUUCCCCGAGACUGAUCGAGAGCCCCGCUUCAUCUGGAGCGCCUGGGGGAGCCCUCAGCACCGCAUGCCGGGGGGCCGGAGUGGCCAUGCUCAGCCCAAGCAUGACCCUGGGGGGCCCCACCGCAGAGCUGAGCGCCAGAGAAGCCGGCCGGCCCGGGCAGAGCCUCCGGCCCUGCUCCCGAACUGGGGCCCUGCCCAAGCCCCUGAGCAUAAAGGACAAGAUAUCUGAGUGGGAAGGCAAGAAGGAGCCCCCCACGGCACCUGGCAGUGCGGCCGAGGGGCCCCAGCAGACCCCGGCUCCCUGCACACCGGACACAGGGGGCGAGGGGGCGAGAACUCGCCUUUCAGAAGCUAGGAAUGGACUCAAGCCUCACCCAGAGAGCCCGGAGCCUGACUGCAGGACAGGGAGAUCUAGGGGUUCCCAGGCAGACCCCGGCCAGACUGCUGGGGACCCCAGCCAGGGCCGAGGCCGGGAGACACGGCUCCGCAAACCCCACUCCCAAAGCAACCACCACUCAGUGCUCAGGCAGGUCCGGAGGCUGGAGCAGGCCCUGAAGGACGGCUCGGCCGGCUUGGACCCCCAGCUGCCGGGGACCUGUUACUCUCCGCAUUGCCUGCCCGACAGGGCGGAGGAGGGGUCUCCCCUCCACGACUGUCCCGGGGUCGGGGGUCGUGCAGAAGCCCGGCCUAGGGGCCACCACCCCUUGAGCCCGGAGGACAAGGAGCUGGCCCUGGAGGCCUCAGAGGACAAGAAAGGCCUGGAGAACGCAUGUUGGGGCUACGAAGGAUCCCCCCAAAAGCCCUUCAUCAAUCCCCUGCCCAAACCUCGGAGAACGUUCAAGCAUGCAGGAGAGGGGGACAGGGAUCCGGGCCCAGGCUUCAGGAAGGAGAAAAGGAACCUGCCUCCCCUGCCCGCCCUGCCUCCUCCACCCCUGCCCUCGUCCCCCCCUCCUUCCUCCGUGACCAGAAGGCUGUGGACGGGGCGGCAGAGGCCCAGCGCCGACCACAGGAAGUCCUAUGAGUUUGAAGACUUGCUACAGACGUCCUCCGAAAGCAGGGUGGACUGGUACGCCCAGACCAAGCUGGGGCUCACACGCACUUUCUCUGAGGAGAACGUCUAUGAGGACAUCCUAGAUCCACCAAUGAAGGAGAACCCGUAUGAAGACAUUGAGCUACAUGGCCGCUGCCUGGGCAAGAAGUGUGUCCUCACCUUCCCUGCGCCUCCCACCUCUUCCAUCCCAGACACGCCUACCAAGCAGACAUUGUCCAAACCUACUUUUUUCCGGCAAAAUUCCGAGAGGAGGAAUUUCAAGCUCCUGGACACAAGGAAGCUGAGUCGGGAUGGAACUGGGUCCCCUUCCAAAACCAGCCCCCCCUCCACGCCCAGCAGCCCCGACGACACCUUCUUUAACCUGGGAGACCCACAGAACGGCAGGAAGAAGAGGAAGAUCCCCAAGCUGGUGUUGCGAAUCAAUGCCAUCUAUGAGGCCCGGAGAGGAAAGAAACGGGUGAAGAGGCUGUCCCAGUCCACGGAGAGCAACUCAGGAAAAGUGACAGAUGAGAACAGUGAAUCUGACAGCGACACGGAGGAGAAGCUGAAAGCCCACAGCCAGCGCCUGGUGAACGUGAAGUCCCGCCUGAAGCAGGCCCCUCGGUACCCACCCCCUGACCGCGAGCUCAUCGAGUACCAGGAGCGGGAGCUGUUCGAGUACUUCGUGGUGGUGUCUCUGCACAGGAAGCAGGCGGGGGCCGCCUAUGUGCCCGAGCUCACCCAGCAGUUCCCCCUGAAGCUGGAAAGGUCUUUCAAGUUCAUGAGAGAGGCUGAGGACCAGCUGAAGGCUAUUCCUCAGUUCUGUUUCCCAGACGCCAAGGACUGGAGUCCUGUCCAGCAGUUUACCAGUGAAACAUUCUCAUUUGUCUUAACUGGAGAAGAUGGGAGCCGACGAUUUGGAUAUUGCCGAAGACUGCUGCCUGGGGGCAAAGGAAAGCGCCUCCCGGAAGUGUACUGCAUCGUGAGCCGGCUGGGUUGCUUCAGCCUCUUUUCAAAGAUCUUGGAUGAGGUGGAAAAGAGACGAGGCAUCUCUCCCGCCCUGGUGCAGCCCCUCAUGCGGAGUGUCAUGGAAGCGCCUUUCCCCGCCCUGGGCAAAACCAUCCUUGUGAAGAACUUCUUACCAGGCUCGGGGACUGAGGUAAUUGAGCUGUGCCGCCCGCUGGACUCCCGGCUCGAACACGUGGACUUUGAGUCUCUCUUCUCCUCCCUCAGUGUCCGCCACCUGGUCUGUGUUUUCGCCUCCCUGCUUCUGGAAAGGAGGGUCAUCUUCAUCGCCGACAAGCUCAGCACCCUGUCCAAGUGCUGCCACGCCAUGGUGGCCCUCACCUACCCCUUCAGCUGGCAGCACACCUACAUCCCCGUGCUCCCGCCCGCCAUGAUCGACAUCGUGUGCUCCCCCACGCCCUUCCUCAUCGGGCUGCUGUCCAGCUCGCUGCCGCUGCUCAGGGAGCUGCCGCUGGAGGAGGUGCUCGUGGUGGACCUCAUCAACGACCGGUUCCUCCGACAGAUGGAGGAUGAGGAUUCCAUCCUGCCCCGGAAGCUUCAGGCGGCCCUGGAGCACAUUCUGGAGCAGAGGAACGAGCUGGCCUGUGACCAGGACGGAGGGCCCCUGGACUGCACCUAUGGCCCGGCGUCCAGCCCCUUGAACGCGGUGGUGUCCGAGGCCUUUGUCCGCUUCUUCGUGGAGAUGGUGGGCCACUACUCCUUGUUCCUGACGCCGGGCGAGCGGGAGGAGCGGAGCCUGCAGCGCGACGCCUUCCGCAAAGCCGUCUCCUCCAAGAGCCUGCGCCGCUUCCUGGAGGUGUUCAUGGAGACCCAGACCUUCCGGGGCUUCAUCCAGGAGCGGGAGCUGCGCCGGCAGGACGCCAAGGGUCUGUUUGAGGUUCGAGCCCAGGAGUACCUGGAAAGCCUUCCCAGUGGCGUGCACAGCGGGGUCAACAGAUUCCUCAAGGGUCUCGGCAAUAAAAUGAAAUUCCUCCACAAGAAAUAAUCCUCAGCUCAGCUUCAAGGGACAAACCACAGAGCACUUUGAGAACUUUCUGGAAGGUUGGACCCUGGGCUGUCCCUGAUACUGGGAUAGAGACCAGGACGGGUGCCAACCACCAGACAGGGCCUGUAAACUGUCUGGAACAGCCGCUGUUCCUCAGGGCGCCCUGGAAGGGAACCUCAAAUGCGAACCGUUGUUACUGUGCGCUAUUCUUUUAUUGGAUCUUAGGUAUUAAAAAGAAGAAAAGUGUUUGGGUUUUCUUUUUAUUUUGUCAGGGCUAAGAAAAAAAUCUCCACUUUGUGAAUGAGGCUUAAAGGAGGAUGGAAGGGGGUGGGAAGGAGCAGUGACCAGGGAACAGGAAUAAGGGGGACCGGUGUGGGCUGAGAGGAGGCGCCCCAGGAGGGGAGGGCUUAGGACGGCCCCUUCCUGGGCUGGUGUGGGGGCCUGGUCAGAAGAGGAAGGUAGCUUUCCCGGGCCACCAGCUCUUCCUGACUGCUCAGUGGCGCCACCUGGUGGUAGAGACCCUGGCCUUUUCCCAAGUGACCUUGACUUGCUGCCUUUUCCCCUUAAAAGCCACCCGCUGCCCACGCCCUACCAAGCCAAGACUUUAGAGGGACAGACGGAAGAAGGGAAUCUCGUGGGCUCUGUUCAUGAGUGUUCUUGGAGGGUCCUGAAAUGUACAAUGGUGCCUUGAGCUCACCUCGUGACAUGUAAGGCCACUAUCAAGACUCCAUUCCCCAUCUCAUCCCCAGGACCCAGUCAGCAUAAAUGCAUGCGGGGUAGACAGGAGGAACAUUGGUUGGGGAGGGGCAAGAUUAUAGGGGUGGCUUCAUUAUACUUGUGCACCCCAAAGAGGCAUACAGUGUCCUGUGAGCCGGGGGGCAGCCAUAGUCUGGGAGGUCUUGCGGGACCAGCAGCAGCAGGGAUGUCACAAGAGCCCCUUGGGCUCUCAGGAGGUUCUCAACAGGCCUUGGGGCUGCCACCUCUGCACACCCCCACUGCCUGGUCACCUGGUUAAUUCCAGUAACCUUGACAGAAAGAGAAGGGAUAGCCUGUGACCCAGCCAAUGGCCCAGGAGAACUAUGCUGCCUAACAGAGCCUCCCUGACCUUCUCGGUGAUUGAAAGAAGAGGUUCUUGGGGGUAGAGGGAUAGAAUACAAGAAAAAAUGAGGACGAGGUUGGCCUCCCACUCCACACUAGGGUCCUAGACCACCCCAAAACUGUAGCCAACAUCUGGGAUACCUACUGACUUUUUUAAGGUAAGAGGAUCCGUAAUUUAUAUCACAUCCUCCAAGGCUCUGGAAAAUGGUAGGGACCAGGCUAUGCAUAGAAUCCGAGUAGCCGGCUGGGGUGCAGCUCAGUGGUAGAACACGUAGCUAGUAUGCCGGAAGCCCCGGGUUCAAUGCCAAGCACCACAGGGGAGGGAAAACACACACACACAAUGUGAAAGGCAGUGGGACGUGGUUCAGUGGUGAGAUGCCCGCCCCCCUCACCUACUCAAGGCCUUGGGCUCAAUUCCUCACCCCUGCAGAGG